UUUACACUUUGGCGAUCAAUUUGCCUUGAAUUCGAAACGCUUAAAAGUUUAUUUUGAAGUUUCCAAAUUAAUAUAUCGAAUGAAUAUGAUGUGGCCAAAAAAGUAUUCCACCUAUUUGGUGAUAUGUCUAGUUCUGCUCGCUUGUUGCAUGCAGGAAACGGAUGCCACACGACGCGUUAAUCGCGGUCGACGCACUCUCACUCGCAGAUACUUCACUGGACUUGCCAUUCCCGGCUGGGCUGUGAUUCUUUGUGUGGCGAUUGCCGAGCUGCUUUUGGGUGCUGCCCUUUACUUUAUCAUGUAUAAGUUCAUUUUGGACAAGGACCCCGAUCAGGCAACAACUUACACUCCAGCAAAGACAAUUGAUCGCACGCCCAGUGUGCAACACAGCAUUCCAAUGCAGCCAAUGCAGCCAAUGCAGCCAGUGCAACCUGUACAGCCAGCACAUGUACAGCCAGCACCGUCGCAUGCUACGGAGAUUGCCUAAAGGCCAAGCGGAAGUAGAAGUUGUCAUUGAGAAGUUAACAAUCCGCCACCUGAAAUAGUCGAUACACAUAAAACCCCAUUAACAACGUCUCUUUAAAUUCUUUCCGUUUUUUUUUCUUAUCAAUCAAUCGAAUAAAUUUUUAUUUGUUAC